CUUGGAGCAACAAUUUGACUCAAGCGUUACUUUGGAUGCACGUGAAAUGCGUUUGAACUUUAAGUUUAAAAACCUUUUCGGGACAGCAUACAAAAGUGGAUCCUUGAGCUUCACAGAUAAUGGUUUGGGUUUGUUGAGCCCAGUAGGCAACCAGAUAACUGUUUUCGAUCUAAAGAAAGAUGAGGUUGCUUCUCUAGACAUUUCAUCAUACCACGACAUUCGACAUUUGGCAUUAUCUCCCUCCUUUCCAAUUUUGAUUGCCGUUAAUGAUGUUGGUGAUGCGUCCUUGUGCUCACUCUCAACAGGAUGUGUCAUUUCAGUUUAUCCUUUCAAAGGCGUAGUCAUGGAUGUAUCUUUUAGUCCAGAUGGAAAGUUCCUAGCCGUAGCAAAAGGACACAAUGUCAUGCUUUUCUUAGCACCUUGUGCAAAACGACAGUUUAAUCACUUGGAACUGUACCGUACAUUUUACGGUUUUUCGGACAAUGUGACAUGUAUCGAUUGGUCUUGUGAUUCCAGGUUUUUCAUAGCUGGUUCUGUCGACUCUACGUGUCGUCUAUUCUCAGUCUACAAUAUUCCAAAAAUAUUCGUCUACACAUUAUCUGGACACAAAAAUCCUAUUGUUGGGGCAUUUUUAUUUCGAAACUCUGUGAACGUGCUGACGGUUAGUUCUGACGGAAUGGCGUGUCUUUGGGAAUGCAAUACACCAUUUAAUGAGCUGAAAAGUACUAACAAUUCAGAAUCUGGCUCACUAUUUAAAAUUAGUAACAGAUAUCGUUAUUCAAAUUCUGCAGAUGUCCAAAUGACUAUUCCUGUCAGUGCAGUAGCAUUUCAUAAAGAUUUGCGGCUAUUGGCGACAGGGUUUGAAUCAGGUUUGCUGUUGCUUCAUACAUUUCCUGACUUUGUAAUCAUCAGUGAAGUCAAUCUAUUUACAAACAGUAUAAAUACUGUAACUAUUAAUCGCAAUGGGGAUUGGAUUGGUGCAGGUUCUGAGAUGUUUGGUCAAAUUGCUGUUUGGGAAUGGAGAUCACAAUCGUGUUAUAUGCGUGCUGAUUCACAUUCGAAACAGAUGACAAGUUUGGCGUAUUCUCCUGAUGGAUUGCAUUUAGUGACUGGUGGUUAUGACAAUAAGGUGAAAGUAUGGCGUAUAGCCGGUGGAAGGUCGAUAGUUACUUUUUCUGAACAUACCGCUGGUGUGACCGGGGUUGCAUUUCCUGCUCAAAAUUCUAAGAUAGUUUUGUCAGCCAGCUUAGAUGGAACUGUUCGCGCGCAUGAUUUGGUCAGGUACAGGAAUUUUCGUACAUUCACUGUUCCUACACGCCGGAUUCAGUUUUCAUCAUUAGCAGUUGACACACGUGGUUCUCUUGUUGCUGCUGGCGGUCUGGAUACAUUUGAAGCAUACGUGUGGUCAAUUAAGACGGGCCAACUGUUGGCUACAUUGACAGGGCACACUGCACCAAUCAGUGCACUUGCCUUUAAUCCCGAUGUUUCUGGUAUCGAUAUUGAAUUGGCCACGGUGAGUUGGGAUUCUACACUACGGAUUUGGGAUGUAACAGGCAAUUCAGCUGAUGAGAAUAAUCUGUCUAGUAUGGGUCUGACAAAAGAGGUUGUUAAUUUUUCAUGUGAUGCUCUAUGCGUUGCUUAUCGAAGUGAUGGUAAACAAUUGGCUAUUUCAUUAUUAAAUGGAAAUAUUGUCUUCUAUGAUCCACAAGAAGGAGUUGAAAUGGGAACUAUAGAUGGUCAUCGUGAUCUUGGUGUCAGUCAGACUAGUGAAAACGAUUUGGUUACCCCACAAAGAGCUGCUGAAGCGAAGAAGUUCCAAUCAAUUGCCUACUCUGUUGACGGUGAACAUCUACUUGCUGGUGGUGAUUCAAAAUAUGUUUGCCUUUAUUCUAUUCCCGAUAAAAUGUUGUUAAAACGAUUUGAAGUUACUUGCAAUCUUUCACUUGAAGGUGUACAAGAAGUUCAUGAUCGACGUAAAUACUUAAGUCAUUUCAGUAUGGAAACUAUUAACUCGAAAGAAGCCCAACGUCCUAGUCUUCGAAUCCCUUCUACUGUAAAAGGUGGAGAACAGAGUCGUCGUCAAUGGAGACCUGAGGUCAGAGUCUCUGCAGUUGGAUUUUCACCAACAGGUGAUGCAUUUGCAGCUACUACUACAGAAGGUGUUCUUGUUUAUUCUCUACCAUCUGCUGGAACUGGAUAUGGUGCAUCUAGUUGUUUCGGUGUUUCAAGUUGCAGCGAUAGUGGUUGGUUAUUUGAUACUUUAGGUAUCGAUGAAACAAUCACUCCAUCAAAUGCUCGUGCAGCAUUAAAACAGGGUAAACAAGCUGAAGCGCUGGAUAUGGCUAUUCGAUUACAAAUAAAUGAACUUGUUGAAGAGGUAAUGGAAUCGAUUCCUAUUGAUCAAAUUGACUUUUUGGCUCAUCAAUUGCCUGUCAAUCAAGUGACUCACUUUCUUAUCUCUUUUCUUGCACGCCAAUUGGGUGGUAGAUCACGUCAUAUUGAAUUAUAUGUUCACUGGACACAUUCCAUACUUCGUGCACAUGCAUUAAACUUACGACGAAUAGCUGCAAAUUCAGCCUUGUCCGAUUCGGUUAAUUCUAGAGAGUCAAAAAGCUUGUUAAACAAAGACUCAACAGAAGAAGAGCAUAAAGAGUUGAAUAAUCCAGGAUUUUUAACACUUCGAGGAGAAUGGGCAACUUGUCAAGCAAGCUUAGUUCGUUUACAGGCUAGUUUGAAUCAUGUAAAAUCUCAUCUAAUCAAACACUUCGAAGCUGUGGACAAUUUAUGGAAUUAUUUAGAAAAUUUAUCUGAUCUGUAUCGAACGAAGUCUACUACUAAAUCACAGAAGCAGAAUAUCACGGAAACUUGCAGUCCGUGACCUCUUUUCUUCACUGGUAUACCCACCCAUCCACCUUAUUUUCACAAGCUAAAAUAUACCACUGAUGUUUAUGAGAAAAAAUGUUUUGAUGAAUUGUGAUAAGAUCAUCAGUUGAAGUGUAAUUGUGAACCUUUGCUUGCAGAUAACUUUAUUAUUUGAUACAUUUUGUAGUCAUUUUAAUAACACCAAAUACUUGUAAAUAAAUAAGUAUAUAUAUACAUAUUUGAGAAGC